GAUCCCUUCCUUCAUUCCUUGCAAACCGCAAGUAAGGUGAGAGAGGAAACCUUUGAUGGCUGGACGAAAGUGCAGAACUCGUGGUUUACAUACAGCGAGGAGGGGAACCUUGCGAAAGAUCCCCAGCAAGUACAGGAGCAGCUGGAGCGAGUGGAAUCACUGCUGCUGCGAGAGGUUGCUAAGUUGCCCGGCCGCGACUCCCGGCGCUUGGUGGUCGCUGGCUUCUCCCAGGGUGUAGCUCUGGCUGUCGAGUUGGCUUUGCGCCGGGGCAAUGCCCUAGGAGGCGUCAUUUGCAUGAGAGGCUCUGCCUUGACCAUGACACAGGCACAACUGGACCAGCAUGCAGACCUCAACGGUCUGCGAGUUUUGGCCUACCACGGCCGAUGGGACCGGCUUUGUGUUCCAGAGGAGGCCGGACAGAGCUAUGAGCCCCUCCGAGGGAAAGGUGCAGACCUUCGCUUCAUUGUGGACGACACUCUUGGCCACGCUUGUGCUCGUGGGAGGCAGCAGCUUUGUGGCGGUGAGGUGCAGAAAGUAUCAGAGCCACUG